AUGGGCUUCGGCAUCUCCACCAUCCUCCAUGGCGUCCUCGCCUUCUUCAUCGUCAUCGAGCUCGGCCUGACGGGCUACAUGGUUAGCGUGACCGACGACGACUGGAGCCGCACGCCCUCGCGCUUCAGCUUCAUGCUCUUCAACAGCAUCUGGUCCAUCCUCGUCCUCGCCUACAUCGCCCUUACGCCGCGCUUCCUCGAGCGCUUCUACCAUGGCCUCGUCGCCCUGGGCCUGCUGGCCGUCACGACGCUCUUCUGGUUCGCCGGCUCCAUUGCCCUGGCCGUCUGGAUCGGCGUCGGCCGCUGCCGCGGAAACCACUUCUGCCAGAGCAUCCAGGCUGCCGUCGCCUUUGGCUUCUUCAUCUGGGCUCUCUUCACCGCCCUGGCCGUCUUGGCCGGCCUCGGCGCUUUCCGGGGCGGCGCGCGCGCAGAUACGACGCGCAAGCCCAGCCAGCCAGUCGUCUGA